AUGCGCGCGAUUCUCCUGUGCGCGGCGAUGGCCGGCGCCGCCGCCUUCGCCCCCGCUGGCCAGAGUCCUCUCAUGCGGCGCCAGAGCACCUUCCAUGGUGCACAGGCUCCCUCCGCGUCCUCUCUCAAGCUGGGAAGCUCCGUACGCCGCACUCCCCGCCUCCGCGCUGCUCCAUCUGUCCAGAUGAACACGGCCACCGGCAGGAAGACUGCUCUUGAUCGCUACCGCAACAUCGGUAUCAUGGCGCACAUUGACGCCGGCAAGACCACCACCACCGAGCGUAUUCUCUUCUACACCGGAAAGUCGUACAAGAUCGGAGAGGUUCACGAGGGAGGAGCGACAAUGGAUUGGAUGGCGCAGGAGAAGGAGCGCGGUAUCACCAUUACCUCUGCUGCCACUACCUGUUUCUGGAAGGAUCACCGCAUCAACAUCAUCGACACCCCCGGUCACGUUGACUUCACCCUUGAGGUCGAGCGUUCCCUCCGUGUUCUUGACGGAGCUGUUGCCGUGUUCGACGGAGUUUCUGGAGUUGAGCCUCAGUCGGAGACUGUGUGGAGGCAGGCGGACAAGUACGGUGUCCCCAGGAUGUGCUUCAUCAACAAGAUGGAUCGCAUUGGAGCCAACUUCUACAAGGCUGUCGACUCUAUCAUCGAGCUCUUGGGAGCUACCCCUCUCGUUCUCCAGCUUCCCAUCGGCAUGGAGUCUGACUUCCAGGGAGUCGUCGACCUGGUGCAGAUGAAGGCGAUUGUGUGGAACGGCGAAGAGCUCGGAGCCAAGUUUGACGUUGUUGACAUCCCUGCUGAGCUCAAGGACAAGGCCGCCGAGUACCGCGCAAAGCUCGUGGAGCAGGCCGUGGAGCUGGACGAUGAUGCCAUGAUGGCGUACCUCGAAGGAGAGGAGCCUGACGUUGAUACCCUCAAGAGGCUCAUCCGCAAGGGAACCAUCGAACAGAAGUUUGUUCCCAUCGUUACUGGAACUGCGUUCAAGAACAAGGGAGUUCAGCCCCUCCUCGAUGCUGUUGUCGACUACAUGCCUUCCCCCCUCGACGUUCCGCCCAUCCAGGGUAUCAACCCCAAGGACGAGAGCCCCAUGGAGCGCAAGUCGUCUGACGAGGAGCCCUUCUCCUGCCUUGCCUUCAAGAUCAUGAACGAUCCGUUCGUCGGCUCGCUCACCUUCACUCGUAUCUACUCUGGAGUCAUGAGCAAGGGAACCAGCGUCCUCAACUCUGUCAAGGGCAAGAAGGAGCGUAUCGGCCGUCUCCUCGAGAUGCACGCGGUCGACAGGACUGACCUCGACGAGGCCCGUGCUGGAGACAUCGUUGCCCUCAUCGGCUUGAAGGAUACCACCACCGGAGACACCCUCUGCGAUCCCGAAAAGCCUGUUAUCCUUGAGAAGAUGGACUUCCCCGAGCCUGUGAUCAAGGUUGCUGUCGAGCCCGCCUCUAAGAAGGAGCAGGACAAGAUGACUGAGGCUCUCAUCCGCCUCGCUGCCGAGGACCCCUCCUUCCGUUUCUCCCGCGAUGAGGAGUCUGGCCAGACUGUGAUCGAGGGUAUGGGAGAGCUCCAUCUUGAGAUUAUCGUCGAUCGCAUGAAGAGAGAGUUCAACGUCGACUGCAACGUUGGUGCCCCCCAGGUUUCCUACCGUGAGGCCAUCACUCAGUCUGCUGAGAUCGACUACACGCACAAGAAGCAGUCUGGUGGUUCCGGACAGUUCGCCCGUGUCAAGAUAAGGUUCGAGCCCCUUCCUGACGGUGAGACCGGCUUCAAGUUCGAGAGCGAGAUCAAGGGAGGAUCUGUCCCCAAGGAGUACAUCCCCGGUGUGACGAAGGGUCUUGAGUCUGUCAUGAACAACGGUAUCGUUGCUGGCUUCCCUGUCAUUGGCAUUAAGGCCGUUCUUCUUGACGGAGCUUACCACGAGGUCGAUUCCAGCGUGCUGGCCUUCGAGAUCGCCGCUCGUUCGGCCAUCAAGCAGGGUCUGUCGAAGGGGAAGGCAAGGUUGAUGGAGCCCAUCAUGAAGGUGGAGGUGAUCACUCCCGAGGACCACAUGGGCGAUGUGAUCGGAGACAUCAACUCUCGUCGUGGCCAGAUUGGCAACUUGGGAGAGCGAGGAAACAUGAAGACCGUCAAGGCCUUCGUCCCCCUCGCCGAGAUGUUCCAGUACGUGUCCACCCUCCGCGGCAUGACCAAGGGACGUGCGCAGUACUCCAUGGAGCUGGAUCACUACGAGCUUGUGCCCCCCAACGUUGAGAAGGACCUCAUGGGUCAGUUCAAGCGCAAGGAGGAUGAUGAUGAUUAGAUGUAGGGCUCGUCUGUUUGCGAGUAAAAUUAGACCUGUGAC